GACAAAGAAGGCGCGGCGUGCCACCAGCGCGAGGCAAACGCGCCCCAACGGCUUUUCUCCGUCAAAAGCUCAGCAGCGAAGCUGGCCGCUCCCGGACUACGGUAGCCUCCCGCCGAAGAGGCCCCUUCGCGUCUAAAGGACCCCACCCCCCUCCCUCAGGGCCCUCGUCGCGGUCCUCGCUUCGCGAGGUCCGCCCGCCGCCACCCUGGCCGACAUGGCCAACUCUUUCAAGCGCUUCCUGACCAUCUUCGGCUACAAGCUGGACCGCAAGUGGGGCAACUUCAAGGCGCGCGUCAAGGAGAAGACCGACAAAGGCGGCGCGCCGGCCUGGAGCAGCGUUCGCUCUCCCAUCGACAACCUGCGCCGCAAGAAAAAGAACGGCUUCGGCAAGCUGGACGACCGCAAUGUCGUGCCCCAGGAGCUGCCGGCCUUCGGGGCCUACUGCCACUACUGACAGGUAGCGGCAGGCCCACAGCUUUUCCUUUUGGAGCUUCGAGCCCUCAGACUCGAGGUGUCCUCCUUUCGCUCGACGAAAACCACGCUGCUGUCUUGUUCUGGGAAGCCCUACCUGUCCUUUCAUCGUUAAGCUCUUCUUCCUUCAAGAACCGCCCUUCUAUCGAAUGACUUCGGUCCGCACUCCCGUUAUACCGAACACCACCCAAGCCCCUGGCCCGCUGUUCGCUUACCAUGCCUCCUCAACACUGUGCCCGCAUCUGUGGACGUAGUUUUAUCUGGAUUCCGCACACUGCUGUACCUCUAGCCACUCUGAGCGUCAGAACCGCCGACAGCAGCCAUCGUUUCCUGCAAGUAUCGAGUCUCCUUCCUGUAAGGUCGACUUCCAUGAGCUCUGCUACGUUCGUCAUGCUUCCAACCCCUCCAGCGUCGUCUGCUAACUCCGGUUUCCAUCUGCCACCUCUCAUUCCACUAAGGACCGAAUGUUUUCAAGUGCUCUUAAAAAGAAGCGUACGGUCCCCAGGUGGCUUCAAACGGACUUCCCCGUUGACGUGUUCAAACUGACCUGCUUACCAUUUCAAGAACAUCUCAGUUUUAACAAACAGUGGUGUCGUGUGGUUUUGCUUGCUCGAAUGCUUGUGUUAACAUUUAGCUAGCGGAUUCAGUUGGGCUAGAGGAAGCAAUACCAUGGUAGGCACUUGUGCCCCGUCAUUUGUAAUUUUCUUCUGCAGCAAAGGAGACCCAAACAUGUAACUGGCGCGUAAAAAAUAUGGAAGGCUGUGCGUCCCUGCAGCGUGCUCGAAAGUCUUACUCGUCAAAUAAAACGCUCGAAACUUGA